AAAAGCUGUCUGCUAAAUUUGGUGUCAUGGCAACAGACCAUUUGCAGCACCAAGGCCUGACUGGGCAGCAGUCUGACGUUCGUUUGACGAUACCUUUGAUUCUUUGAGUACACACAAAAAAUAACAAUGAUGGAAGAUCCGAAUUCUCAACCUGAAGAGAGUCAGUUCGUUGUUGAUGAAGUUAGUGCUGCAAUCAAAGAAGCCAUUGAAUCUGUCAUUGGAGGAAAUACAUACUUGCACAAUAAAGUCAAUCAGUGGUCAUCUUCUAUAAUGGAUUGCUGUUUACAAUCUUUGGUCAAAUUGCAGAAACCCUUUAAAUACAUUGUGACGUGCGUGGUCGUACAGAAGAACGGAGCCGGUGUUCACACUAGCAGCUCUUGUUUCUGGGAUAACUCAACUGAUGGAAGCUGUACUGUGCGCUGGGAAAACAAAACCAUGUAUUGUAUUGUCUCUGUAUUUGGUUUAGCAAUUUAGGUCAUAAUUUCGAAAGUGCUUGAGGAAAACGAAAACGUUGUACACUAAUUUUUGAUUUAUCAAAAUUGAACUAAAAAGGAAAAAUGAAUUCAUAUUAAAAACAAAUUCAUCAGCUA